GCAUUUACCCAGCUCUAUCAUGUUUUCAUCACUUCAAGGCUUUUUAGAAGCUGAAAUUAUUGCAAGUAUGGCUGUCAUGACAUUACUGAAGCGGACCGGAAACCAAAUCCAUAUACAACAACACGGAGACAGAUCUACAGCUUCGAAACAGCCCUCCCCCCGGCCUCCAACAACGCCGAAGCCUCCUCGACCAUCUCCUCGACAAUCUUCCCCGCAGGCAACCGUUCCCUCACAAGCCCCGCAACCUUACCCAUAAGGAACGGAUGCGCAUUAUCCAACACCUCAUCAUCAUCCUUCUUCGUUUCCAUAUCAUGCGCGAGCGGGAUAAUCCCCCUCCCCUGCAGCUCCUGCAUCUCCUGCUUGCGCUCUUCCUCCCACCGCCGGAUAUACGGCGUCGCCUGGGUAUUCAGCGGGCGGCCGCUGAAGAUAGUCGUGCGGAUGAUGUCGUCGAAGCCCGCGUCUUGGAGGGCUUUCUGGUGCACGCGUGAUGCGCCGGAUUCCUCGGACAGGAUGAAGCGUGUUCCUACCCACACGGCGCCGGCGCCCAGCAUGAUCGCUGCUGCGAGAGACUGGCCGUUGAACAUGCCUCCCGCCGCGACGAGGGCGACCUGGCGUUUCGUGAAGGGGCUGAUUUUCCCCUGGAGAACUUCCGCUACGGCGGGGAUCAGGACGACAGUGGGGAUGUCGCCUGUGUGGCCUCCGCCUUCACCACCUUGUGCGCAGAUGAGGUCCGCCCCAACCUCGACAGCCUUGAGUGCAUGUUUAGGGUGCCCGAUCAUGUUCAUGUAAAGGACGCCGCCCUGGUGGAGGCGGUCGACAGCCCAUUUCGGUGGGACACCGACUGCGCAGACGAAGAGUUUCGCACCGCUUUCGAUGAUGAUCUCGAUGAGCUCGCCGAGUUUGCCGUGCGAGUAGUCAUAGCUGACAUGUGUUAGCGAUGAAUCGAUGGGAAGGAACCUGAAAUUCGAUUUGCGACAUACUUGGUCUUGCGCGCGUUACCGCCGACUUUCGGGAUGAGGAGGUCGACGCCGAAAGGCGCGUUCUUGUCGAUCAGGUAGCUCUUCAGUUCGUUGAGCGCUUCGCGGAGAAGUUCAGGGGUGUACUGCACGCCGCCGAUCACUCCCAGACCUCCGCCGUUGGUCACGGCUGCAGCGAGUUUUGGGGACGCGACAUUGAACAUGCCUGCCAGGAGGACUGGGUGGCGGACACCCAGGAUCUCCGUGACAUUCGUACGGAUUUGCUCUGCAGAGGUUAGUUUGGGUAAUUCGAGAAUCAAGGCAUCCAGAGAUACUCCGUUCUCCGUUGGUGCGGUGACAUACUGCUAGGAGCCAUUUUGCGACGAAAGGAAAUACGACUUGAAAAGAAGAACAAAAGAAACACUUUUGCCCAACAUAAUCAACAUAAUGCACAAAAGGGCAUAUAUACUCAUUUUGCACGGCGCCCAGGGCGACGGAGUAUACACGAGCUUUGCAGCCUCCUUCCCCGCGCUGGACUUCCCGAGUACCGAGAAACCAUUCGGUCAUGACUCCACCGGGCGUGCCAUCUGAGAGGGCGGGCUCGCCUCGGUAACAUGGUACAGCGGCGGAACUACGUACAAAAGCCGGACGAAGCACAUGGAUUUCUGGACAGAUCCUGAUAGAUCCUGCUCCUGAUCCGACGGCUCGUCACGCCGAGAAGUCCAUUCUAAUCUCCUAGUCUCCUAGCUAUCUUCAACCCUCCACCCGGAGAAAAAGAAAAGAAGAAAGGAUUACUAUGCCACGCACCUCAGAAAUCCCCGUCCUCGUCGGGAUCGGCGACAUCAACGACCGCGACUCCAAGGGUCGCGACGAUGCCGCCGAACCGUUGACGCUCAUGCUGCGCGCGAUCGGCGCCGCUAUCCAAGAUACCACGCUUGCGCCGGACGCCGCGCGCAAACUGCAAGCUGCGAUUGAGAGCGUUGCCGUCGUCGCGAACUGGACGUGGCCGUAUCCGAAUGCGCCGGGGCUUGUCGUACAGAGGCUGGGGUUGCCGGGUUCCGUGCAUACAGUUGAGAGUCACCAUGGUGGGGAUUCUCCGGGGCAGUUGGUUGAUGAGGCGGCGAGGAGGGUUGCGUAUGGGAAGAGUAGGGUUGCGGUUGUUACUGGGGCUGAGGCGUUGGCUUCGCGUUUGUUGUCCCCUUCCUUGAUUUGGAGAGUGUGUUGUGGUGCUAACGGUAGUUAUCUAGUGGAAUCAUUCAAGAAGGCAAAAAAAUUCCCGCCUCCGCAUUGGACGAAGCUUGACGACCAUAGUUCGCCCUGGGAUAGAAAGCGGCCAGAGGACGUGGGCACGCGCCAUUUCCUCGGCGCCCCAAUCCAAGUAUACCCGCUGUACGAAGCCGCCUUCAGAGCGCACCUCCAGCAGAAAUUACCCGACAACCAUAAAGAGUCCGCAGAUCUCUACGCGGAGUUUGCGCAGAUCGCUGCGAAGUCACCGUAUUCUUGGUCCUAUGGGAAGGAGCCGGAGACGGCGCAGUCGAUUGGGACUGUGACGAAGCGGAAUCGAUUGAUUUGCUCGCCUUAUCCCCUUCUCAUGAAUGCGUUCAACACGGUCAACCUCGCCGCAGCAUGCAUUAUCACGACGACAACGUUCGCAAAGGAGCUAGGUAUCCCCGAGUCGAAAUGGAUAUACCCACUUGGAGGCGCAGGUACAAGUGAUAGCGCUCGGUUCUGGGAACGACCGUUCUUCCACCAGAGCCGCAGCCUCACUCAAUCGCUCGACGCUGCCUUAAAAGCAUCGAACCUGCGAGCGGAAGAAAUUGAGCUCUUCGACUUUUACUCAUGCUUCCCCAUCGUUCCCAAACUCGCCGCCCAUCACCUCAACCUGCCCCUCCACGGUCCCAAGCCCCUCACAGUCCUGGGCGGCUUGACGUCGUUUGGUGGCGCGGGGAAUAACUAUUCUAUGCACGCAAUAACCGAAAUAACCCGCCAACUCCGCACAAAAAAUCAAGGGAAGCCAGUGCACGGCCUCGUCCUCGCAAACGGCGGCGUGCUCUCAUACCACCACACCGUUAUCCUCUCAACGCAGCCGCGAGCUGAUUCAACGUAUCCGCCAUGGAACCCGCUGCCUUCGAGGGUUGAUGAGGAGCAUCCGGUUAUUGAGGAGAGUGCGAAUGGGGGUGGUGUUAUUGAGACAUACACAGUCCAAUUCGGCCGCGACGGCUCCCCCGUGCUCGGCUUCGUAAUCGGCCGCCUCGACUCCGGCCACCGGUUCGUUGCAAACGUCGAGGAUCCGUAUACUUUACAGCAACUCUCUGGCGAAACGGAGCAGGUGGGGAAGCGGGGGAGUGUUGCGGAUGAAGGGGGGAGGAAUUUGUUUGUUUUCGAGCAGGCGAAGAUAUGAUAUAACCUUGGACCGCCACCACCACCAACCAUUAACGGGUUAGUACGGAUAUAGGCUAUAAACAAAUGAAUAAUAUAUAUAUAUAUAUUUGAGA